AUGGAUCAACUUAGUAUGGAUAUUGAUAAAUGGAAAGAAGAAUAUCCCUUUCUGGAAAAUGUAUGGACAAAGUAUGAGGAAUUUGAGAAACCUGUAGAAGAAAAUGCGUAUCGUGAAAAUUAUUAUGGCCCCACUUGCAAUGUAAUUACAGGGAUAAGGGAUGAUAGUAAAUAUAAUGAUUUCUGUAUGAAACUCAUUAGAAAUUUAGGAGCAUAUUCGAUGGAUCAAGAAAUAAUUAACCCAAGUGUUGAACGUUGUAAUAACAUAUACAGUUGGUUAUACUACUUGAUAAUGAAAUAUAAUAUUGAUAAUGAUUUUAUUGAAAAAUGUUUCCAUGCAGCUAAGCUUCCGAAUAGCGUUGGUGUUCAAAAGCAUAUCUGCACUUACGAUCCAUAUGAAAAUGUUAUUAAUGUAGCAGAUGAUAUGCUAAAAAUAAAUAUUUUUGCUGGCAAUUUUUCCACUAUUAAAAAUAUAUUAAAUGAUAAAACACACACAUAUAAUUGUUUAGGGAGGAAGUUCCUUUAUGAAUGCUUUAAUAUAUAUAAUAAAAUAAACUCUAACUAUUGUUCUAAUGAAAGAAAUAGAGAUACUAUGAAUAUUUGUAAAAAAUUGCACAAAUUUAAGAUUGAAUAUGAUAAAAAUAUACGUACCCUAAAUGAAAUACCAGAAGAAAUAAGAAAUUUAAAUACAAAAGUUAUUCAAUUUACGGAUAAAUGUUCAUUAAAUGAAGGUGAAGCAGAAACCGUGUCUGAUGGGGUUCAUAGCACAAGUAGUUCUGUCCCUCCAAGUGCAACAACAGCUUUUGGUACCGUGGCUGGAGUAUCUACCGCAUUAGCUUUAUUAUAUAAAGUAUAA